AAGGUUCAGUCUGAAAAAUGUGAUGGAGAAAGUGUUGUAUAACACUCGAUCCAGCACAGCAAUAAUAUAACUAUGGAAACGCAGCUUCACGUCCUCUCUCUCUAGACUCUGCUCUAAACGCCGUCGUUUCUGGAACUCUGUUCCCUUCGCUUCUCUGUCUUCGUAACCGAAAGGGGGAAAAAUAAUUAAACACCGAUUUCCCAACCAAUUCUUCUGCGUCGAAUUGGGACAACCAGAAAUUGGAUCUCAGUUUUUGCAGGAAACAAAGAUUGCAUUUGAGCUUAAAAUAACAGAGCGUAGCGUAGGGCCUUGUUCUUGAUACCGUGCUUAAUUUGUUGGAUGGCGGAGAAAUCAUGCAUCAAGCGCCUUCAGAAGGAAUAUAGGGCCCUCUGUAAAGAGCCAGUUUCUCAUGUUGUGGCUCGUCCUUCACCCAGUGAUAUUCUUGAAUGGCAUUAUGUGUUGGAGGGAAGUGAAGGAACACCUUUUGCAGGUGGAUAUUACUAUGGAAAAAUCAAGUUUCCUCCUGAAUAUCCGUAUAAACCUCCUGGAAUCAGCAUGACUACACCUAAUGGACGGUUCAUGACACAAAAAAAGAUCUGUUUGUCUAUGAGCGACUUUCAUCCGGAAAGUUGGAAUCCCAUGUGGUCUGUAUCAAGCAUAUUAACAGGACUUCUUUCGUUCAUGAUGGACAACAGUCCAACCACUGGCAGCGUAAACACAACUACCGCUGAGAAGCAACGUCUUGCAAAAUCUUCCCUUUCUUUCAACUGUAAGAACGCAACAUUCAGGAAGAUGUUCCCUGAGUAUGUGGAGAAGUACAACCAGCAACAACUUUCUGAACAGGCUGCUCAAGAGCGGGUCCCAUCAGAGGCGUCUCCUGACAAGAGUUCCAAGUCAGUUGUGGAGAACAAAUUAGAAUCCUCAGGACAAGACAUGAGAAGAGUAGAUGGGUUAAAGGAUAUGAGGAAAAACAGAAAACCAUUUCCCACAUGGAUGAUGUUAUUACUCUUCUCCAUCUUCGGGGUUGUAAUGGCGUUACCUCUGCUUCAGCUGUGACGAUAGGCAAAAAAAAAUCUUUAUGAGGUAUAAGGGUCCACAAAGUGUUCUCCUGCAACUGGUUCUAUAUGUUCUGCUUAGUUUGUCAUGUCUAACAGAAUUUGUAUAGGGAAAUGAUGGACAUGGAGGCUGCGUUUACUAUGUUGAGGGCUGAUUUUACUCCUUUGUGUCUAUUUUGCCAGCUUCUUGGUGGUGAAUGUUAAGAAGUUAAAUGUUUGCUACUUGUCAUUUUCUUCUAAAUGUUUGAGGUUUGCCCCGUAGUGUUGUUGCUCACACUGCACA